CGUAAGGAACUCUUAUAGGUGUUUUUUCAGAUCGUUGCGUGCGCACUGGCCGGCCGGACGCGACCACUUCGUGCCAAACAUAUUCGUGCUCCGCAAGCGUGCGUCCCAUGAGCUGGUAGUCCCUGGAGCCAGGUUCUACAUCUGCAGUCUUGCGCUCAAGACUGUCGUCUACAAGGGACUUUUGACUUCGCAGCAACUAUGGGAGUACUUCAAGGAUUUGAACAACCCAGCGUUCACUACCUACUUGGCGCUGGUACACACCAGAUUCUCCACCAAUACCUUCCCAAGCUGGGAGAGGGCACAUCCAUUAAGAGUCCUCGCUCACAAUGGCGAGAUCAAUACGUUGCGAGGUAACGUCAACCUGAUGAAGGCUCGCGAAGGUGUCAUGAAGAGCGAGAUCUUUGGCGAUGACCUCAAAAAGCUCUACCCAGUCGUGGAGCCAAAUCUCUCCGACUCCGGUUCAGCGGACUGUGUCCUCGAGUUCCUACUCCAUGCUGGCCAGCGGUCCCUGCCAGAAGCUGUGAUGACGAUGGUGCCUGAAGCCUGGCAGAAUGACGUCACUAUGCCUAAGGAAAAGAGGGACUAUUACCAAUGGGCCUCGUCUUGUAUGGAGCCUUGGGACGGACCUGCUCUUGUGUCUUUUACUGAUGGACGGUAUAUCGGCGCCAUCUUGGACAGAAACGGCCUGCGUCCCUCCCGCUUCUACGUGACGAGCGAAAACGUGCUGGUCAUGGCUUCCGAAGUCGGAGUCUAUGAUGUAGACCCUGACAAGGUCAUACUCAAGAGUCGUCUAAAACCCGGCCGUAUGUUGUUGGUGGACACCGUUGAGAAGAAACUUGUACAGGAUGCUGAACUCAAGAUGGAGAUCGCACGAAGCCGACCUCAUUCCGAAUGGCUUAGGGAUAAGAUGAUAACAAUGGAAGACAUCCACAAAUCCGUGGCAUCAGACAACGGUACCGUAGUAUCGAAUGGUACGAACGGCCACGCCAACGGAGUGAUCACGGGCCUCUCAGACAAGAGGCUCGGCUUGUUCGGGUACACUAUCGAGUCUAUCAACAUGUUGCUACUGCCUAUGAUACAGAACAAAAAAGAAGCUCUGGGCAGUAUGGGUAAUGAUGCUCCACUGGCUUGCCUGUCCCAGUUCCAGCCAUUGCCAUAUGAAUACUUUAAGCAACUAUUUGCUCAAGUCACCAACCCACCUAUUGAUCCGUUCAGGGAGAAGAUAGUAAUGUCCUUGCUAUGCCCCAUCGGGCCGGCGCCCAACAUCCUGCAGCCGAGCGCAGAGUUCGUGCAUCGACUGUUCCUGCCGCAGCCCAUACUGUCUCUGCCUGAUCUACAUGCUUUGAAACAUACCACGCAUCGAGGGUGGAAGACGAAGGUAAUCGACUGCACGUUCGAGUACAGCGCGGGCCCGGCGGGGCUCGAGCCGGCGCUGACCCACAUCGCCGGCACCGCGCACGCCGCCGCCGCCGCCGGGUACCAACUGCUCGUACUGACCGACCGCGCCGCCGGCCCGCGCAGGCUGCCCGUCAGCACGCUGCUAGCGCUCGGAGCUGUCCACCACCACUUGAUUGAGACUCGUCAGCGUAUGAAGGUCGGCAUCAUACUGGAGACAGCGGAGGCGAGAGAAGUUCAUCACAUGUGUGUGCUACUUGGUUACGGUGCAGACGCGAUCUGCCCAUACCUAGCCUUUGAGCUAGCAUUCGCUCUCCGCAACGACCAUAUUUUGGAUCCUAAUCUAACUGACGAGGACAUCUACAAGGCUUAUCAAGGAGCCAUUGAGACUGGCCUGGCCAAGGUCAUGGCGAAGAUGGGCAUCAGUACUCUACAGUCAUACAAGAGUGCUCAGAUCUUUGAGGCUGUUGGACUAUGCGAGGAGGUCAUUGAUAAAUGCUUUAGAGGCACCCAGUCUAGGAUUGGUGGAGUUAACUUUGAGAUUCUGUCAAAGGAGAUAUUUGAUAGACAUGCGUUAACUUACGGAGAUGUUCAAGAUGCACUCGUUUUGAGGAACCCUGGUAACUACCACUGGCGCGCGGGAGGUGAGAAGCAUAUCAACGACCCAAUGUCCAUCGCUAAUUUACAAGAAGCUGCACUUAACAAGAGCUCAUCUGCUUAUGAUAAAUACAGGGAGAGCGCUUUGGAGUCGAUCAGAGCAUGUACUCUACGUGGUCAACUGGAGCUCGUGAAACUGGAUGAGCCCAUCCCAUUGAGUGAAGUGGAACCCGCUUCUGAAAUCGUCAAGCGAUUCGCUACAGGUGCGAUGUCAUUCGGUUCCAUUUCUCUGGAAGCGCAUACUACACUAGCCAUAGCUAUGAACCGUAUCGGCGGUAAAUCUAACACUGGAGAAGGUGGAGAGAAUGCUGACAGAUAUCUUAACCAGGACCCCGAUUUCAACAAGCGCUCAGCCAUCAAGCAAGUAGCGUCGGGUCGGUUCGGAGUGACCGCGUCGUACCUCGCUCACGCGGACGACUUGCAGAUCAAGAUGGCGCAGGGAGCCAAGCCUGGGGAAGGCGGCGAACUGCCUGGCUACAAAGUGACAGAAGACAUAGCAAAGACCCGUUGUUCAGUACCAGGCGUAGGUCUAAUCUCCCCGCCGCCUCACCACGACAUCUACUCCAUCGAGGACCUGGCAGAGCUCAUCUACGACCUGAAGGCCGCCAACCCUCGAGCCAGGAUUUCUGUCAAACUUGUCUCUGAAGUCGGCGUUGGUGUUGUCGCUUCGGGAGUGGCUAAGGGUAAAGCCGAGCACAUAGUGAUCUCUGGCCAUGACGGCGGUACCGGCGCCAGUUCAUGGACCGGCAUCAAGAGCGCCGGCCUGCCCUGGGAGCUGGGCGUCGCCGAGACACAUCAAGUACUCGUACUUAACGACUUGAGGUCUAGAGUGGUAGUCCAGGCUGACGGUCAGAUCAGAACAGGUUUCGACGUGAUGGUCGCCGCACUGCUCGGUGCUGACGAGUUCGGAUUCAGUACUGCACCACUUAUUGCACUUGGCUGCACGAUGAUGAGGAAGUGUCACCUGAACACAUGUCCCGUGGGUAUAGCGACACAGGAUCCAGUACUCAGGAAGAAGUUCGCCGGGAAACCCGAACAUGUCGUCAACUAUUUAUUCAUGCUUGCUGAAGAGGUUCGUCAACACAUGGCAGAAGUAGGCGUCCGUCGGUUCCAAGACCUGAUCGGUCGCACCGACCUACUGAAGGUCCGGGAGAACAACGAGAACCCUAAGGCCAGGUUGUUGAACCUCAGCCUUAUAUUGAAGAACGCGCUGCAUAUGAGACCCGGCGUCAAUAUUAUUGGAGGUUCUAAGACUCAGGACUUCCAGCUAGAGAAGCGUCUGGACAACCAGCUGAUAGAGCAAUGCAGCAGUCUGUUUGAUGGCACUGCCGACCAUGUAGACAUCAACAUGAAGAUCACCAACGAGGACCGAGCCUUCACAUCCACGCUCUCAUACCAUAUCGCAAUGAAAUGGGGUGACGAUGGUCUCCCGGAGGGCAAGACCCUGAACAUCUCACUGACGGGCUCCGCCGGACAGAGCUUCUGUGCAUUCCUGUCCAAGGGCAUCACUGUCACACUCGAGGGAGAUGCUAACGACUAUGUCGGUAAGGGCCUGUCUGGUGGCACGGUUAUCAUCUACCCACCGAAGGCGUCGCCGUUCGAAUCCCACUUGAACGUAAUUGUCGGAAAUGUCUGUCUGUAUGGAGCCACUUGUGGGCGGGCUUAUUUCAGAGGCAUAGCGUCGGAGCGUUUCUGCGUCCGCAACAGUGGGUGCGUGGCCGUGGUGGAGGGCGUGGGCGACCACGGCUGCGAGUACAUGACGGCCGGCGUCGCGCUCGUACUCGGGCUCACCGGCAGGAACUUCGCCGCAGGGAUGAGCGGUGGUAUCGCGUACGUGUACGACAUCGACGGUUCAUUCUCCGGCAAGUGUAACCACGAGAUGGUGGAACUGUUGCCGCUGGAACUACAGGAUGAUCUCGACUACGUACAGCAACUGUUGAAGGAGUUCCACGAGUACACUGGCUCUCUAAUCGCAGAAGAAUUUCUUAAGACAUGGCCGGAACCUGCUAAGAAAUUCAUCAAGGUAUUCCCGUAUGAAUACCAGCGCGCAUUGAAGACGUUAGCUAUCAAACAGCCGAGCCAGCCUAAGGUAGAAGCCAAUGGAAAGGCGGAGAAUGGAGUCCUGGAUAUUGAGGAGACUGUGAGAGAUGUGGAACUGGAGACUAAGAAUCUGGAGAAGAUUUUGGAUAAAACUAGGGGCUUCAUGAAAUACCCCCGCGAGACAACGAUGUACCGUCCGGCAGAGAAACGUUCCCGCGACUGGGACGAGAUCUACAACAGCGCGCACGUCCGGCGCGGGCUCCGGCCGCAGGCGGCGCGCUGCAUGGACUGCGGCGUGCCCUUCUGUCAGUCGCAGCACGGCUGUCCGCUGGGGAACAUCAUCCCCAAGUGGAACGACCUCGUCUUCCGCGGGGACUGGAAGCAGGCACUCAGUCAACUGCUGCAGACUAAUAACUUCCCAGAGUUCACGGGUCGCGUCUGCCCGGCGCCAUGCGAGGGCGCGUGUGUGCUCGGUAUCUCGGAGCCCGCCGUCACCAUCAAGAACAUCGAGUGCGCCAUCAUCGACCACGCCUUCGAGAGUGGGUGGGUGCAGCCUGAGAUCCCUACACACAGGAAUGGUAAGACAGUGGCUGUAGUAGGGUCUGGACCUGCGGGGUUGGCGUGCGCACAUCAACUGAAUAAGGCGGGCUACACGGUGACAGUGUUCGAGCGCAACGACCGUCCAGGCGGCCUGCUGCAGUACGGCAUCCCCACCAUGAAGCUCAGCAAGGAAGUCGUCGCCAGGAGGGUCAAACUCAUGACCGCUGAGGGAAUCUCCUUCAAGUGCAACGUCGAUGUAGGACGGGACAUCUCGGCUAGUGACCUAGCUAAUGAAUACAACGCGCUAGUCCUCUGCAUGGGUGCGACGUGGCCGCGCGACUUGCCUCUAAAGGGUCGUCAGUUGAACGGCAUCCACUACGCGAUGGAGUUCCUGGAGAGCUGGCAGAAGAAACAAAUGGGAGCCACCCACCAUCAUCAGGCCAAGGACCAUCCCGAGUUGAAUGCUAAGGAUAAAGAUGUACUCGUUAUUGGAGGCGGUGAUACUGGAUGUGACUGCAUAGCGACAUCAUUACGUCAGGGUGCCAAGAGUAUCACGACGUUCGAGAUCCUGCCGCAACCCAAACCCACCCGCGGACAGGACAACCCAUGGCCGCAGUGGCCACGAGUCUUCAGAGUGGACUAUGGCCACGAAGAAGUGAAGCUGAAGUUCGGCAACGACCCGAGGAAGUUCUCCACACUUACCAAAGAGUUCUUGGAUGAUGGUGAAGGCAAUGUAUGCGGCGUAUCAGCAGUAGAAGUAGAAUGGACGCGCGGCGCGGGCGGGCGCUGGGAGAUGAAGGAGAUCCCCGGCACCAACAAGGUCUACAAGGCAGACCUCGUACUGCUCGCCAUGGGCUUCCUCGGACCUGAACGAUAUGUCGCUAACCAACUUGACCUUCCCCUGGAUGCUCGAAGCAACGUUGAAACGGAGAAAUCGAACAUUUACAAGACACCAGUCAGUAACGUCUUCGCUGCUGGAGACUGUCGUCGUGGUCAAUCGCUAGUUGUCUGGGCGAUAGCAGAAGGCAGACAGGCGGCGAGAGCAGUGGACACAUACCUGUCCGGCAAGUCCAGUCUGCCCGGACCUGGCGGCGUCAUCUACGACCACUGAACGUCACUAUGUACGCACUGGUACCGUGGAUUUACUACUACUAUACACAAUGGACCAUAGAAGAAUGCAGGAUAAACAAUAUAUUUGGACAAAACAUCAUUUAAAGCCAAAGUAUAUCUGCUGAGCAAAGGGGGGAGAGGGAUGUAUCGUAAUCCCCUUGUAACUAUCGAAAAUGUAGUCACUGUUAAGAUAAUUAUAUUCGUUCCUGUCUCUCGGUAACUGGUCGCAGAUUUAAGAUGUUGAGAAAAGGGGAAAGGGGGAGGUCUCAUAAUUCCCACGUAAUCGUUGAAAAUGUAUUCUCUGUUUUAAGGUAAUAUCCAGGUAUGGUAAUAUUGGUGUCUUCCAUCUAUUUGGUCCAGACAAACUAUAGGACAUUGUGUAUAACAGUUGAUUAGGCUAGCACAACGUUUUGUGACUGAAAUGUCACUUAUUCGCGUCCCUUUUUGUGAUGAUUCGGCGGCUGAAGGACUCAAUAUAAAGAGAACAAGUUAUAAACAACUACAACUGAUUUUUAACUUCAACCAAUAUAAAGUAAUGUCUUUAAAGUCCAUUUUCCCGCAGUCGCCACAUAUCAGAACAAAAAAUAUCUGCGUUUGUAGCAUUAGGGCGAGAUUAGGCCGCUAUAGACGCUUCGUUACCAGCGUUAAACAAAACUAGAUCUUAUAUUAACGUAGGAGAUUUGAAAUUACAAUAUCAAUUUAAUCACAUUGUAUUGAAAUUAUUUAUUUGGAAAGUACGACAAUAAUGUUUAGGCUGCAUUGUUAUAAUAAUUUGGAACAAUUGAGAUUUAUUUGCUUACCAAAAAUUAUACAUUGUUCAUAGUUAAAUGCAGUUUGUUUGAACAAAGUACCCCUAUGUAUAAGUUGACGUACAUUAAAUAAUUUGUCGAAUACUAUUGUAGAUCUUAACAAUAUUUUAAGAAACAACAUUAUUAUAUAUUAUAUAAACUAUUUGAUAUAAUCAUUUUAUGUGUAAUCACAUUCCUUUUUUAGACUUUUUGGUCGAUAUUACGUUUUAGAGACAAUUUUCAUUAAUUAUUAUAGAAAUCAUGCCAAAUUUUAUUUGGUUACGUGUAAAAUUUUCUUUAAAUUGAAAUUUACUUCAGGAAAAUGUGAUGUUUGUAAAAAUUGUUUUAUUUUUUGAUGUCAACGUGAACAGACAGUGAUCUCUAGUGUCAUAUGAAUUCGAUACAUUGUUGUUUAUAUUAUAAAUAUAUCUGUUUUUAAUGUUAUUGUUUUACGACCGAAGUUAUUCACUGAUUUUAAUCUAAAAUCCCUAGAUUGAUCUUGGUUUUUGAAGGUAAAAUCAAAAGAACUAUUAUCAAAGAGAUUUUGUAAUGAAGUCGGUUAUUAUUUUCGGCCGUUAGAUUGUACGACUUUAGUCAGUAUUUUUAUGUAAAAUGUAUCUUUUGUAACUUAGUAACUAGGGCUGGAUGUGUAUACCCGUCUUUGAUUUUCUAUCUAAUUUCAAAUGGAUAAGGUUGAAAAUCUGUCAACGAAGUUCUCGACUUCUGUCGAUGUUAAUGUUGAGUCUGCCAGUCCUGUAUUUUACGGUCUAACAAAGAAAAAAAUAGUUUCUAUUUCUUAUUAUUACACUUAUAAUACAAUAAUCGUAGUUGCUCAGAUACAUGGAAUAAUGUAACAUACUUCUAUAUACAAAUAACAGUUUAAAUGUCUAAUAGUACUGAUUGAACUUAGAGCAUUUAUUUGAUAACAAUAAUCAUUAAUUUUCUAUUGAGAUUAAUUUUAUAAAUAUGUACAGUUGACAACAUAACUUAUCAUUAAAUAGAAUCAUAAUUUCAGUUAAAGUAACAAACUUGGAAUUAUAGAUGACCAUUACAACACGUGAUAGUCUAUGAUUGGACUACGCGCCUUCUCUACAUAAAAAAAUUUGAUCCACGCGAGACAAUGUAUUUUCUAUUGUCUCAUAUACAGUCAUUCAAGCAGUUAAUUAUUCAAUUAAAAACUAAAGUUGUCAUGUAAAAAUUCUUUGAAACGAUACUGAAGUUACGAUUUUAGUUUCCAAUAUAAUCUAUCUUGUGUCCGGUGUACUAUCACAGAUAAUUAUUAUUAUGUUACGUGUAGAAGUUCCUACGUAAUCUUAUAAGUUUAAUCGUCUACAUCUAGAUAUUAGUUCACAAGAAUCUAUUAAGAUAUAACUGUAUCUAAUAUACUUUUAUUAACUGUUUACUAGUGAUUUAUUCUGUAAAAAGCAUAAACAUGUUUUGUUAUAUAAGAGCUUUUAAAAUACACUGUAUUAACGUCGUAACGAUAAGACUACGAUAAAUGUAUGAAAGGGCUAAUUAUCAUAUUUAUUUAAUAGACUCACCGCCGUACUCAAUGUCAUUGAAUGGUUGAUUACUUAGCCUGUAACUUUUUUUAUGCGAUAAGUCGACAGACGAAUCAUCUGAUGGUAAGCAAUCGGCAUCGCCCAUGGACACCUGGAACACCAGAGGCGUUACAAGUGCGUUACCGGCCUUUUGGGAAUUAGGAAUUUAAUAUUGGGAAAGGGAGGGGGGCAUAAUUGGGCGACGAAACACAAUGCAAGCGUUGUUUCACGUCGAUUUUCUGCUCGGCCGUGGGUGGUAUCACUCCGGUCGAGCCCAUUAGUGCCGCGUGGCUCUCCUGCACAACGUUUUCGAAACAAAAUCGUUGUUAAGGAAUAGACUAAGUGAUUAUUAAAUGUGUCUGAGUAUGGCAGUUGGGUGUUUAUAUAAAUUAGCCUUAAAACAACUUUGUACCUAAAAUCAAACUUAUCUAUCCGUCUGAAGAGACAUUCAAUUGUUUAUCUACAUCUACAUACUAUAUAAAAAUGUAUGUUGAGUUAUAUAGUACACUACAAUAAUGUAUAUGUCAUGUGACCAAAACAAUGUAAAAAUUAUAAAAAAUUCUCAUCAAGUCAUUUAAGUUUCACAAAAUUAUUAAUUUUAAUAUAAU